UCGGAGAACGCGAAGUCCAGGAGGCUCUGUAUGUACUAGCCAAGCCGACAACUGUUAUGCCUCGCUAUUUUUCCAUCGGGCUGUCAACACUGUGACUCUCUGAACUGAUCCAUCCUCUGCGAGCCUGUAUCUCAGGACGGACAUGCCAACACCAGUCACGAGAUUCCCGUUCAAAAGCCAAGGCCUCUAGCCCAAAGCCAAAAGCUUUGUCAUUCUCUCCUGAUACAACAUGAAAUCUUUCGCAAACCCACAGCUUCAAAGGCGACCUUGCAGGAGACACCCCAAUAAGCCAGCCCAAACGAGCGAUCAAUACUUCCCAGCUCCAUUAUCCCUCCAUACUUCUCGCCGAUAUCAAGGUUCACUGCAAUGUCUACAGCGACGAAUCUGAAGCAGCUGUUUCCGGACCUAAGACUCCGCGUAUGCUUAGCUUCGGGGAAUGAAAUCGGCUAUAGGAGCUCGACUCGAAGAGCAACCAUAGCAUGACUGUACAGAAGCCAAGAGGCAUAAUCUGUUUGUACGACCCAAACCACGAGUGUCUAACACAAUGUCACUUGACACCUCGAUUUUUUAGAGAAAAAAAGUCGUAUUCGUUGUGUCUCAACUGCUGGUACCGAUCGAAGUACCGCUAUUGUGAAAAAUAAAAGCAGAACAAAA